AUGAAAGUGAGGGUAGAUAUUCCAAACAAACCAGAAGCUUUUCUUUGGAGGCCUACACCUAAUAUGAGUUGUAUGGAACAAGCUCAAGGUAAGACAAUAGCGUGGCCAGCUGAUAAAGUGGUCUUGCAAAUCAGUCAGCAAUCUGAGAAUGAAGAUAAUAUAUCUAUGCCUUCGAGUAAAAACAUGAAUUCUAUCAAGUGCAAGUUGUUCAAUUGGAGUGGAAAAGAGGAAAUAGUUGCUGAAGGUCGUUGGUUCUCUAAUGAUCCAAAGAUGCUUGUUAAUGAUAUUCCUCUCGGACCUAAUGCCAUGAUAGUUUGGGUUGAUAUCCCAACAUGUCCUGAAUCAUUUUUAUGGAGACCUACGCCUAACAUGACAUAUAUUGAAGAUGUUAUUGGCACUAAAGUAGCAUGGCCUGCUAACAAAGUUGUUUUGGAAAAUAGUCCAAACAUUGAGGAAGUUGGAAACCUAUCAUCUCCUUCGGUAAAUUUUAACUCUUUUGCUGAUUGUACUACCAUUAUUUUGAUAUGUGAGUGUAUUAGUUCCUUUUAUAAUCUGAUUAUCAUUAUGUUUGUCUUGUUGCUAGAGUGUGAACAAAAACUCCAAGAAAAAGUGCAACUUGUUAGAUUUUAG